ACCGCACGGUUAAGGAUUAGAAUUGUCUUGCGUGGCUAUAGGUUGACGGCGGGGGGAAGCCAUGGAUCAGGGAUAUGGUUAUGGUACCUGGGGUACUGAGGCAACCAAUACUCAAGGUGCAUAUUCAACAAAUCCAGGAAGUUGGCAAGGCUAUGAGGGCUACGACUAUUACAGUGCCCAAACAAACAGCUCUACUACAGCUCCCACAUACAGCUAUGACACUGCUGCUGUCAACGCCACUGCCUGGGACACCUCUAAAGCUACCAACUUGACAAUGAAUGCUGAUGUUGGCAACACUAUGCAAGAUGCAAGUUACAGUACUGGAGCAGCAGGCACUGAGAACUCUGACUCCAUUAUAGCAAAGAUAAACCAGCGCCUGGAUAUGCUGUCUAAGGAAAGCAGUGGUGGCACUGGGGAAGGAAUGGAAGAUCAGGGAAGCUCUUUCAGAUUUGAGUCUUUUGAGUCUUAUGACUCUAGAGCCUCAGUGCCUGACCGUGACCUGUACAGAACCAGCUAUGAGUAUAGUGAAGUUGGAUCUGAGAGGAAUGAUUCUUUUGGAAGCCACUAUGAUGUUGCUGGUAACCGCAGAGAUCAGCCCCGCAACAGAGGAAACAACUAUGGCUUUGGUAGAGGGAGAGCGCAGAGUCAAGGGCAUCUAAACACUUUCAAUCGUGACCCACCAAGUACAGAACGGCUGUCUGCACGAUGGAAUCAGAUGAAUUAUAUGGGUGGCAGGAAUAUGGGAAGACCUGGACCAAACAGGCUUCCAUCACUCUUUUCCCAAGGACUCGGCCCUGAGUACAGAGAUUGUGGUGAUUACGGCAACUGUGGAGACUACAGAGAUUAUGGCAACUAUGGCGAUUAUGAUUACGGCAUGAUGGGAAUGCAGGGCAGGGGAAGGUUUCCUGGCAACAUGCCCUAUGGCUUUGGAAGAUCACGAAGUAGACUCAAGAGGAGAGGUUUCCGUGGUCGUCCAGGUGGGCGUUCAGAUAAUGAAGGCAACUUACGUAAACGGAAACAGUCCCAAAGUGCAGAUGAACCUGAAAGCAAACAGGCAAAGACAGAUAGUGAAGGAGAUAACUCUGAUAAUGAUGAUGGUGAAGGAGAUGUUAAAUCAGAAGAUGAAGGAGAUAAAGGUGAGCAUUAUGAAGGUUUUAAAGCUGUAAAGGGUUGCGCAUCUGGUGAUGGCUGUGAUGAUGAUGAUGAAGAGACCAAACAAAGAAAAGAGAAACAGAAGCGCCGGGAUCGAAUGAGGGACCGUGCUAUGGACAGGUAAGCAUAUGGAACCCAUUUGNNUAAAUUCCGAAGCUUUGAUGAUGAAGAAAUUGAGAAGCAUCUACAGAGCAAAUUUCACAAAGAAGUGUUGCGAUACAUUGGAACAAAGUUGCCUGACAAAACUGUUGAGUUCUUGCAGAAGUAUAUUGUGAACAGAAAUAAAAAAAUUGGGAAACGCCGUCAAGAGUUGACAGAGAAAGAGGGCACCAAGCCAAAACCAGACCCUUUCAAGGGAAUUGGCCAGGAACACUUCUUUAAGAAGAUAGAAGCUGCUCACUGCAUGGCUUGCGAUAUGCUAAUCCCUGCACAACAUCAUCUUCUUCAAAGACACCUGAGAUCUGUCGAUCACAACAGGAACCGUAGGAUGGCAGCGGAACAUUUCAAGAAAGCUAGUUUCCAUGUAGCUAAGAGUGUCCUAAAUAGCAAACACAUUGUGAAAAUGCUAGAAAAGUACCUCAAGGGUGAUGACCCAUUUACAGAUGAAAACAUUGACCAAGAUGUUGAUGAAUCUGAAGCCUUACAGGGGCCUGAGGGUGAACGGCCUACAGAAGAUGCUGCAGCAGAGAAAAAAGAACAUGCUGGAGAUGAGAUUGAAGCAGUGGAAGACAGUGAAACUGACAAACCAGGAAGUGAUGAGAGAAGCUGUUCCAAUGUUGUUUUUUCUAAAGAUGAAUCUACAGAGGAAGAAAAGAGAACAGAGGCAGCAGAAACAACAGAAGAACCAUUUUUUCCUUCUCAAGGAACUCCAGAAGAGAAACCAAAAGAAAGCCAAGGGAAGGAACAUGUUGAGAUGGGAGAGAACUCUAUGGAAACAACAGUGGCUGAAAACAGUGAUACCAAGAAGGAAACAGUUGUAGUAGCAAGUGUAGAGCCACCGCAAGAAUGACCAUGUGAAUGUUUCUGUGAAGGAGAUUUGUCCUGCUUAGCUGUAUAAUUUUUUUCCUGUCUUUUUAUGUUAGUGCAGUACACGACUGUGAAGUGCUAAAUUGCUACCAGUUUUGUUCCUGUUUUGAAGAAAGGGAUUCUGUACUGUUACAGAAGCAGUCGUAUGCUCUGCUAUUUUGUCAAAAGUGGAAAUCAUCCACUGUGUUUCAUUUUUAGGUUGGAAAGCUUGGGAUGCUCUACGUUUCCCCAAGAAACACUUGAUAGUCGUCUUGCAGUUUAGAAUGAACAGCAGUAUUUGAAAACAAAUUUUGAUCAUUUAGUUCCUGUUAGAUUUACAAUACAGAAGUAAUAUAGCUUCAUUUGGAAACAAAACUGGUCCUCUUGUGAAUGGGGAAGUAGAUUAGUAAAUCAAUGUGUUUAUUCUUUUCUGUGAAAUUGUUUGCUCAUUCAAGUUCCUUGGGAGAGGACUUGCUGGCACGAAAGCUGUUAAUGUCAUUUAUCCAGAUUGCAGUAUUGCAUGAAAAAUAGCACCGCUAACAAUAUAGUUUUUAAAUAAUAAAUUUACUGUGUGUCACCCUUGGACUAUCAUUUAUACCAUGCACUAUUUCAAAUAUUUUGGAUGGCAAAAUGCAGCUUGUAUAUUAUGCUGGUAGAGGGGGGCUUAGUUUGAAGGAGAAAAGUUAUGCUACAAUUGAAUCCCUCCCUUCCCUCUCAUACUUUUCAAUUAGGAAUAUCAUUCACAGAGAAGAUUGCCAAAUACUGCUCUGGGAGUACUGAAGCAGUACCAAGACCAGCAAAAUAGGAACUGAUUUCUUUUAAUUGAUGCUUGUCGUAUAAAGUUUUAAAGUGGAAGGGACACUCUACCUUUGUCCCCAAUAAACCUGAAGUACU